UACCCUCUGUGCUGCUGUGGGAGUCUCCUUUAAAAAAUCUUGCCGCGUCACGGGGAUGCGGUUGCCGGAGCCGGGUACCUAGCCUAUCCUCCUGCACAUAUGCCCUGCACUGACUGGGACCAUCUACAAGUUUCACCACAGACCAAAGAUGACAGCUCUGUCAAAUUUAACCCAUGCUACACCCCAGGAGCAUCGCUUUCUGGUUUUGUUUGACUUUGAUGAGACCAUCAUCAAUGAAAGCAGCGAUGAUGCAGUGGUGCGAGCUCUGCCAGGCCAGCAGCUUCCCGAUUGGCUUAAAAACAGCUACAGGGAAGGGCACUACAAUGAGCACAUGCAGCAGGUUUUGGCGUAUAUGGCAGAGCAGGGUGUGUCCAAAGAAUCCAUCCAUUCAGCGGUGGAGAAGAUCGCGCCCACUCCUGGUCUACUGGCCCUCCUCCAAUAUCUGCAGAGCCACCAGCAGGACUUUGAGCUGGUGGUGGUCUCUGAUGCCAACAUGUAUUUCAUCAAGACGUGGUUAGAGCACGCUGGAGUGUGUCACCUAUUCAGGAAGAUUUUCACAAACCCGGCAAGUUUUGACGCAUCCGGCCACCUUGUACUGCUCCCUUUCCACUCCCACUCAUGUUCCCGUUGUCCUGACAACAUGUGCAAGCAGGUGAUCCUUCGGGAGUAUCUGGCAGGUCGGCAGAAGGAGCGUGGGGGUGCGUCCUUUCAGAGGGUGUUCUAUAUCGGAGAUGGGGCCAAUGAUAUCUGUCCCUCUCUAGCUCUGGGGCCCAGGGACACGGCCUUUCCCAGGAGGGACUUCCCCAUGCACAGGCUGCUGCAGGAGAUGCAGCAGAACCAGCCGACCAAGUUCAAGGCUAAUGUGGUUCCUUGGGCCAGCGGUGAGGACAUAGUGGACUGCCUAAAGAAAGUUAUGGAAGAGAGAUGAGUGUUUAGGCGUGAAAAUAUGAUAGAAAAGUGAAAGAGUGGGGAAAAUACAACUAUGGUGCACUUAUUCCAGUCCUGGUGAAUGGCUACAUGUGCAGGGUUUUACUCCAGCCACACAUGGUACAACUUAUAGAGAUGUAGCUAAACAAUGUAUAUAGAUCUAAUUCACAGGCAUCAAAACCGGCUCGCCAAAGGGUCCAAUCCAGCCUGUGGGAGGAAUUUGUGAAAUGCAAAAAAUUACACUGAAGAUAUUAACUCUCAAGGGUGUUAAAAUCAUUUUAGUUCAGGAGCCACAUACAGACUAACUGAAUCUCAAGUGGAUCAGAUCAGUAAAAACCUAACAUAAUUACCUAUAAGUAAUGGCACCUCCAAUUUUUUGUGUUUGUUUUAGUGUAAAAAAAUUAAAUUA